ACGUGUCCAGUGUGUGAGAGAGAAGCUUUCCUGGCAGGCGCAGCCGUGUCUCUCUUCUUUGCCUUUCUAUCCCGAUUCCCGCGAUUCCCGCUUCGGUGCGGUGGGCAGGCGGCUGAAAAUGGCGAGGCCGCCGCUAGCAGCACCAGUACUUGCUGCAUGCUCCCUACCUACGGGUCCGGCAGUUUCCUUUUUCUCUUCAUGGUGAUUUUGUGCGCCUGAAAGAGCAGCCACUGGCCUCAAGCCGCGCCCGAGACCAUUCCUUCUCUUCGGAGUCUAGUCCGCCGCCUAGAGGGUUGCUUUUUUCAGUACCCGGCGCUUUCAUUUGCUCUUCUUUGCAAUUUUAAUUUCUCCACCUCGCCGCAUUCCGAAUUGAACUGGAUCUGCUUUUUUGCUUACGAGCGGUUUUCUCCCGGCAAGACUUUUGGGGUGUGUGUCUGACCCUUUUGUUAGCGAGAUCGUCAUAGUGGGGCGAAAGGAGGUCGACUUUCCUCUUUAAAACGCACUUCCGACCCCGCCACUCGGAAACAACUGGUCGGUGCGCGCGUUUUUUCACCAUCACCCCCUCCCCCGAGGGAGAUUUGUGUUUGAAACUGGUACUCUUUCCCUCCCACUCCACCGUUUGCUGCUUCGAUUUCCACAACUGUGUGUCUGUGAGGUUUUUGUGGGGUUUUUUUUUGCAUGGAUAAGCCAUGGCUACCGCAACAAUGGUUUGCAGAGUGCAGUUCCUAGACGACACGGACCCUUUCAACAGCACCAAUUUCCCUGAGCCCACCCGGCCGCCUUUGUACACCUUCAGGGAGGACAUCCCCCUAGUCACCCAGCUGGCUGGGGUGCACCGCCUGCUCAAAGCCCCGCAGAAGCUUGAUGACUGUACACUGCAGCUGUCUCACAAUGGCACCUACUUGGAUUUAGAGUCUACCUUAGCUGAACAAAAGGAUGAGUUGGAAGGUUUCCAGAAUGAUUCUGGCAGAGGCAAAAAGCACAGCAUAGUACUGAGGACCCAACUUUCAGUCAGAGUUCAUGCCUGCAUCGAAAAACUGUAUAACUCCAAUGGACGGGAGCUGAGGCGGGCCCUCUUCUCCUUGAAACAAAUAUUUCAGGAUGACAAGGAUUUGGUUCAUGAAUUUGUUGUGGCUGAGGGCCUGACUUGUUUAAUAAAAGUGGGAGCUGAGGCAGACCAGAAUUAUCAGAAUUACAUUUUGAGAGCACUGGGACAAAUUAUGCUCUAUGUAGAUGGGAUGAAUGGUGUAAUAAAUCACAAUGAAACAAUCCAGUGGCUGUAUACUCUCAUUGGGUCAAAGUUUCGCCUGGUUGUAAAGACAGCACUGAAGUUGCUCCUUGUUUUUGUGGAGUAUACUGAAUCCAAUGCUCCACUUCUCAUCCAAGCAGUGUCCAUAGUAGAUGAAAAAAGAGGUCUCAAGCCAUGGUGCAAUGUAAUGGAGAUUCUGGAGGAAAAGGAUGGAGUUGACACAGAACUGCUAGUUUAUGUAAUGACCUUAGUGAACAAGACAUUGUCUGGCUUGCCAGACCAGGAUUCCUUCUAUGAUGUCGUUGACUGUCUGGAAGAGCUGGGGAUCGAAACUAUUUCCCAGAGACACCUGAAAAAGAAAGGAGCAGACUUGGACUUAGUGGAACAAUUCAGCAUUUAUGAGAUGACACUGAGACAUGAAGAUGGAGAUGACAAUGGUGAAGCCCCACCUAGUGGUCACAAGGACCGAAGGAGGGCCAGUCUUGGCUGCAAUGAACGAAGGGGGCUAGAACGUCGGAGGAGCCGGAGGCAUUCCAUCCAGAGUGUCAAGAGUGCUUUUUCAGCCCCUGCCAGCCCCUGCGCUCAACCAAGCUGCAGCUUAAUGUCUGGCCACGGACAGGGCAUUGAAGAUAUCAGUGAGAAAGAGGAGGAGGAGUAUGAAGAGGAAGAAGAACAACCACCAGUCACAGAGCCUAAUACAGAGGAUGAGGGGGAGGAAGAAGCUACUAGGCAGGUUAAAGCAAGUGGGCUUCCAGAAGUACAACAGGUUGAAACUGAUUCACAGAAUUCUGAUACUUCGGCCACCUCAAGCAUACUUUCUCAGGAUGAGAGGCCUCCCAUGAGCUUUAGGGCAGAGAGUCCAUCCAAGAGAUCAUCGUCCCCUGUGCUUGAUUCACUUGCUUCUCAUCAUUAUUCUCUUCAUUCUUCACUCUCCUCAUCUGCAUCAGUCUCUUCCCAAAACUUAUCAUCUGUUACUCCAAAGGCAUCUCCAACAGUUGAGAAAUUACCUUAUGUACCACACAGUCCUUUUCAUCUCUUCUCCUAUGAUACUGAAGAGCAUCCAACAUCCAUGAAAGAAAAGGAAACAGAAGGAAUAAGAGAAUACAGACCAUCUUUGGGUGGUCUCCUUACGUCGUCAUAUCGGCAACACCAAGAGUCCUUGGCAGCAGAAAGAGAGAAGCGGCGACAGGAGAGAGAGGAGAGAUUGCAAAGGAUAGAGCGUGAAGAAAGAAACAAAUUCAAUCGUAAUUAUCUAGACAAAAGAGAGGAGCUAAGACAAGCAAGAGAAGAGAGAUACAAAUUCCUAGAGAAAUUGGCAGCUGAAGAGUAUGAGAAGGAGCUGAGAAGUCGAAGUUUAUGUAGGGGCAGGAGUGAUUUGUCCUUGAAUUUGAGUAGUUCUUCAAUCCCAGUCUCUCCCAAUUCCAAGUGUACCAGCCCAGCUUCAACAGAUUCUCAGGAGGAACCCAAAACCCCAGUGACAUCUUGUGGAACACCUCAGAUCCCAGAAGUGAGGGCCAGUGAACCUGAAUGUGAACCAGAACCUGAGCCAGAAGCACAAACAAAAACAGAGCAGGAAGAUGAGGCAGAAUUCAAGCAGGGAGCAACCACCCUGCAAGAAAUAGAGGCUGCAGAGGUGGAGCCAGAAAGUGAAGUGGAGCAAAGCCCAGAGCAAGAGACAGAAGAAUGUGUAAGACUCAGUGAAAAAGAGAGGCAGAAUGAAGAAGUGAAUGAAAAAGACAACUGCUCUGCAUCCAGCAUAUCCUCGACAAGCAGCACUUUAGAGAGGGAGGAAAGGGAGGAAAAGUUAACCAGUGACAAUGAAACUGAUCCAUGGUUACAGAGCAUUCAAGAUGUUGGUGUGAAUGACCAGUUCAGCAACAUUCUCAACAACAAGCGGUUUAUGUUGGAUAUGUUGUAUGCCCAUAACAAGAAGCCCAAGGAUGAAGAGGAUGAAGAACUGGAGGAGAAGGCGGAGGAAGAGAAGAUGGUGGGCGCAUGUGAAGACACUGUCAACAGCCUGGCCAGCAGAAUCUCAAUCUUGCAGGCGACCAAGCAGGCCAAAGAUGAAAAUGUCCAAAAAAUGGAGAUUGGGGAUUUGGAGAAUCAGGGCAGUGUGAAGGCUUUUGCAGAAAGAUUCAACAGUGGUGAACUGGCCAAGAGCUCAAGCUUUCCAGAAAGUGAUUUCAGUGAAAAGUUAUCUGGAAAAACACCAGUGCAGAUUAAGGAAGAAUCUGACUAUAUUUGGGAUCAGCUCAUGGCCAAUCCAAGGGAACUUAAAAUCAAAGACAUGGAUUUCACAGACUUGAUGGAUGAGGAUGAUAUUGAUGUUUUGGACAUGGAAAUAGGUCCUGGCAACUCCCUAGCUCCUCCUCCUCCACCUCCGCCUUCCUUUUUAGGUUUGCCUCCCCCUCCCCCUCCCUUGCUUUAUAGGUUUCCACCUCCACCCCCACCUUCUGGUAACUUAUUGGCUCCCCCUCCCCUUUUUGGCACUCCUCAGGGUUUAGGCUCACCCCCACUUCCGAGGGGUCAGCCAGCCUUUAUAAAAAAGAAAAAAACCAUCCGCCUAUUCUGGAAUGAGGUGAGGCCAUUUGAGUGGCAGUGUAAAAACAACAAGCGUUGCAAAGGAUUCCUGUGGUCAAAACUGGAACCUAUUAAAGUGGACACUUCCAAGCUAGAACACCUCUUUGAGUCUAAAUCCAAGGAGCUUCCUGUUACAAAGAAAACUGCUGCAGAUGGGAAGAGGCAAGAAAUUAUUGUGUUGGAUUCCAAGCGGAGCAAUGCUAUUAAUAUUGGGCUAACCGUAUUACCCCCUCCAAGGACGAUCAAGACUGCCAUUUUGAAUUUUGAUGAAUAUGCCUUAAACAAGGAAGGAAUAGAGAAAAUUCUCACAAUGAUUCCCACUGAAGAGGAGAAACAGAAGAUUCAGGAGGCUCAGCUAGCCAACCCUGACAUCCCACUGGGAAGUGCUGAGCAGUUCCUUCUGACUCUUUCUUCAAUCACAGAACUUUCUGCUAGACUACAGCUCUGGGCAUUCAAAAUGGAUUAUGAGCUUGUUGAAAAGGAGGUCGCUGAACCACUUUUGGACUUGAAGGAAGGAAUGGACCAGCUGGAGGACAAUAAAACUCUGGGAUUUAUCCUUUCUACUUUACUAGCCAUUGGAAAUUUUCUAAAUGGAACCAAUGCCAAAGCCUUUGAACUGAGCUACCUCGAAAAGGUUCCAGAAGUUAAAGACACAGUGCAUAAGCAGUCUCUUCUACAUCACGUCUGCACAAUAGUGGUGGAAAAAUUCCCAGACAGCACAGACCUUUAUUCAGAGAUUGGGGCCAUCACUAGGUCAGCCAAGAUUGACUUUGAACAACUUCAAGACAACUUAAGUCAGAUGGAAAAACGCUGCAAAGCAUCAUGGGAUCACCUGAAGGCCAUAGCAAAGCAUGAAAUGAAACCAACUCUAAAGCAAAAAAUGUCUGAGUUCCUUAAAGACUGUGCAGAAAGAAUAAUAAUUCUAAAGAUUGUUCACAGAAGAAUAAUAAACAGGUUCCACUCCUUCUUGUUAUUUAUGGGCUAUCCUCCUUACGCAAUCCGUGAAGUCAACAUCAAUAAGUUCUGCAAAAUUAUCUGUGAAUUUGCUUUGGAAUAUCGUACCACCAGGGAACGGGUUUUGCAACAGAAGCAAAAACGAGCCAACCACAGGGAAAGAAACAAAACCAGAGGGAAAAUGAUCACAGAUACUGAUGAAGACGAUGACAUUGAGUCUGGAAAAUUCUCCAGCAGUUCUCCUACAACUCAGAACCAGCCACAGGGGCUGCAAUAUGCUGAAGAUGUGGUGGAGCAUGAGAACAUGAAGGCUGUCCUGAAGACGACAUCUUCAAGUGGGGAGAACACCAGUGUGUUAGGUGUGCGCACUCGAAGCAGAGCCAGUCAAGGCCGCAUUGCUUCAUUGAAUGCUGGUAAUGACGAUUCACCCAAUGCUACAGAUGAUGCAGCAGAUGAAAUAAUGGAUCGCAUUGUCAAGUCUGCCACGCAAGUGCCAAGUCAGCGGGCAGUGCCUAGAGAAAGGAAGAGAUCAAGAGCAAACAGGAAGUCAUUAAGGAGGACACUAAAGAGUGGACUAACACCUGAAGAAGCCAAAGCUCUGGGUCUGAUGGGCACUUCAGAGAUGCAAGUGUGAUGGAAGCUUCCAAUUCAGUUAUAAGAAGAAUCUCUCAUUCUCAUUCUCUCUCUCUCUCUCACACACACACACACACACUGCUGACAGCCAUUCACUUAUCAUAUACCUGUGGGUUCCAGUUGCUGCACAUUGUAUGCCAUAAUCUUUCAAAUUCGUGUUUGUAACAUCGAAGCAGGCUAAAUACAAUAGAAAGGGCUAAUACAAAUAAUGUAUAACUGCAAAAUUAAGGCAGGAAAUGUAAGGAUUUGAAAAUUGCAUAAUGCUUGUUCUGUCAUGUUGCAUUGAUUUCUCUCAGUUAUCUUUAUUGAAUUGAGUUUAUUACAGUCAUAGACCAGUAAUUAUUAGACAUACAAGAGAGAACAUAAAAUUAUAAUAGCGUUAUCUUGUAUCAUAUAAGAGGUGUUUAUGUUCAUUUUCCUUGUGGCCUGUUGUAGUAAUUGUAAAGUUCUGUGUAUUGUCAGGUCAAGGGACAGUCCUUUAAAUAGGCAAAUUCAUUUUUGUAACAGUAACUAUAACUUUUAAAGACAACAUGUGCACCCACCAAAGAAUGUAAAAAUGUAUGUCCAUUUGUGUAUAUACGGAGUAUGUGUGUGCAUGUACAUACAUGCAUAUACAUAUAUGCCUACAGAGUCCCGGUGCCUUCAACUUUCAUUCAUCCUGUCCUAGACGAAGGAAAGACCUUUUUACAGGAACUCAUUGUUUUCUAGUGGAAUUCUAUGAUUUUUUUGGUACUGGAACCACUUGCAAACAUAUACAUGUAUAUUUUAUACAAUAGCACACAUGCAGAGGGAUAGCACAAAAUACCUCCUAUCUCUUAGCACUAAUGGUGAAUGUAUGUAUAAAUUUUAGCAGUAUGCCAGGAAUUAACCAGAGAGACAAAACUGGUUUUACCAAGGUCAAGAAGACGUUUUGUAUACAUCAGUAAGCUGCUUUCCUAAUCCCAAAGCUUAAUAGUGUCAAGCCUUCUAAAUUAAUUACUUUAGAGUUCUGCUAAAACUCCUUGCCAGCUACAUUUUCAGAACCACCAUAAACCAUGAAGACACAAAAGGCAAUUCAAUUAAAAGAAUACCUUUGAUUUGUAGGGAGAUUUAUAGGUGUGGCAGCUCCAACAGAGCUGGGGAAAUUCAAUGACUCAUGAUGUUCUCACCAUUAAGGCAUGAAAUCUGAUUUCCAGACUGAAAUAUUGUACUGGCCUACACUAGGGAUGUGCAAACUGGUUCGGGGGUUCAGGGUUUGGGGGUUCAGGUUCAGGGAUUUGGGUUAGAACUGAAACACACACACUCUGCGGACCAAACCAACCCCCCCUCUCCAGUUCGCAAUUUAUUUAUUUAUUUAUUUUAAAUUACCUGUAGCCCCUCCGGGGGGGCUUCCUAAAGGCCAUGGGGGGGUCUGCAAAGGUUCCCCCUCUCCCCACCAGCCUCUUAAGUCAUCGUCGCAGCCCAUCCCGGACAGGCCUGCAAAAAUCAGUGUGGUGGCUGCCACACAUGCUCAAAUGGCCUCUGCAAGGCCUGGCAAGGCCUAGGACCUCACAGGGUACAUUUGAGCAUCCGUGGAGGCCUUUUUUUUUUAAUUAAAAAUUGUUUAAUGGCAGCCGAAAACAAAAUGGCCACUGCGCAUGCUCAAAUGGCCGUUUGAGCAUGCAUGGUGGCCAUUUUGUUUUGGGUGGCCUUUUUAAAAAAUUAUUUUUAAAAAAUAAGCCGGGAUGGGCCAUGGCGGUGACUUAAGAGGCCAGCGGGGGGAGGGGGAACCUUUGCAGGACCCCUCCCCCAGCCUUUAGGAAGUCCCCCAAAGGGGCUACAGGUUUUUUUAAAAAUUAUAAUUUAAGAAAAUAAAUUCACGAAACACACACACACACCCCAGACCGAACUGAACUGGGGAGUGGGUUCGGGGGGUCCGGAACCGAACUGGCCCAGUCAGGUUCGGGUGCAGUUCGCACCCAAACUGAACCAAGCCAGCCAGUUCCAUGCACACCCUUAGCCUAUGCAAUCAUAUCCAUUGAAACACAAUUUGGCUAGGUCCUCCAUGCUCUAAUGCACUACCUGCAUAGGCUACUGGCAACAGCAAAAGCUGAGGAUUCAUGUUACAGCAAUGUUUAAGAAGAAUAUGGUAACAUAUGUCUCUGAGCAUUUGGUGAGUGCUGUUUCCUCAGCAACCAACAACCUAAACAAAACCUUUUAGUCAGGAUCUUCUGAUCAUAAUAGGUGCAAUGAAAGUUUGCAAAAUGCAUUCUGAAAGUAGACUGGCACAGUAUAAUUAGAAAAUGCCCUUUCUUGUACAUUCCCUCUACAAUGCGGGGGGGGGGGAGUUUUCCAUUAUACUGACAUGCUGUAUAAGAGGGCCAUGCUAUGGGGAGGAAAUAAUUUGUUUAGUUAUAAAACUAAUUCUAAUACCAACCUUGUAGUCUUCAUUCUCCUCAUCUCCUGCGUAAUCUUCAUAGCCAGCAAAGAAACAUGCGGGAAUCUUCAACAAUAGAUUUCCUGAAUUUAUUUUGAAAAAUCCUAAAAAGGCCUUUCCCGAAGACAUUGACUCAAUCUGGGCUUCCCUAUUUGGAUGUAAAAUAUCUCAUUAUAAAGAUGUCGGGGGGUGGGGGGAGUCCCAACUGUCAGCUUGAGACUUCAUGUCUGCAUUUCCAUUUCUGCUCCUCAUAAAUCCUAAGCCUUUCUCUCUCCUCACAAACAUUCUACAUGGGGCUGCCUUUGUAUUUGCAGGGGUGAGGAAAUAAACCUAUUAGUUUAUUUUUGUUUGUUCUGGAUACCAACUAUGAUCUCCCAUUUAUUAGAAUAAAUUAAUUGUAUCCAGAGGGUACUAUUCUUGUUCUCUGGGAUUAACAGUCCUCUUCAAGUGCUCCUAGUGAAAUAUAUCCAUGAAUCUCCCUGUCUGCAUCCAAGGCCGGUAAACACUAUCUGAAGAAACGCCUAUAUCAGUGGAGGAACCCAUACACUGAUUUUGUCUGCCUUUAAUAUUUUCAACAAUUUUGCUAUGAGGCUCAUUUUAAUGUAUUACUGCCAUAAGAAAACUUGUACAUCUGCCCAAUAUUGUUUUAGUCCCAUGAUGCAUGUGUAAUUUCUUGGCAGUGAGUAUGUUAAUACAUUAAAAUAAGCCACAUAGUAGAAUUACAGUACCCUUCUUGUGAAAACCUUACAGGUAGACAAAAUCAAGGUGUGGCUUCAUUGAUAUGUAGGUAGAUAGGGCAUUUAUCAGCUGCUGCCAAAGGAAUAUUGCUUCCAGGGUUUUGAAGUGAGCAACACCUAAGUGAGUCCUUUCUCUCCAAACUGAAGGAUCAUUGUCAAUGGCAACAAGACACUGCAAGCACAAGUCCCUACCGAGCCAUUGGGCAGCAGAAAUAUCCAAGAAAUCCUAGAGAAUAUGCUUUAAAAUGUAAUAACACAUUGAAACACAUAUGUUUAAUACAUAACUGCUUUGUGGGUUCAAACAUACACAUACUAGAUUUCAGAUGUUGUAUAAGGAAAUCUAUUUAUUCAAUAAGCCCUACCUGUAAUUUGCUCACAAGCCUUUUGAGUCUUCCUGAACAACAAAUGUGUAGGACAUUCUGUUAAAAAAGGUAAUAUGAAGAAGGGUUGUUUUGCAUGGAUAGAGGAACAAGAAGGAAUUUAAAAGGUGCACCAAAAGUAGCAAUGCAAUAAAUGAGAUUUUCUUUUUCUUUUUUUGAAGCAACAUGAUAGUCUUUGCUCUUAUUCUGAAAAUCUGCUGUACAUGGAAAAGGCUUGACAUAUGGCAUUUGGGAUUCUAUGGAUCACAACGCAGAUCCUAGCUUAGGGUUGCCAUAGUCUGGCUUUCCAAAUCUGGGUGUAAUUAUGAAAAUUGGCUUGAAAAUAAUUUUAGAGCAGAAGAGUGACUGCACGUUUUGCUCCAUAACUCCGUUUCUACAAAAUUAGCUUUUUUUAAAAAAAAUGAAGCUGAAAUCCGGGUGAAUCUGGGUGAGAUGCUUAUAAUCUGGGUGAAAUCCAAAAUUCCAGGGGGCACGGCAACUCUAUCCUAGCUUCUAAGCAUCUUGAUCCUCCAAGGUUGUACCUUUUUCUUUGUCAGCCCUUUAUUUUAUGCAGCACUGUACAGUUGAGACUCUAAGGGCUAUAAUUUGAAGAGAAAAAAACUCAAAUAGCUUUUACCUCAGUGAACAUUGAUAUCUGACCUCCGUUUAUUGUUAACAUUUGAUUCAGAAUGGUAAAAGGGGUUUAGAAAUGAAUUUCUUCAGGUUGUAAAUAUGUUUGCCAUCUAAUAUUGAGAGGUGUAACCACUAUUGCAUCUCCUACAUCCCCUGCAUCCCCCAGCCCUUUCUCUUUCACAGUACACUCAAAAGUAUCAGCAAAGCUAAACAAAAUGUUGGCCAGGAAUGCAAAUACUGUUGCUUUUGGAUUUUAAUAUAAUUAAAAACUGCAGUCCUGCGGUUGGCCACAAGGCUAAACAUUGUGAUUACCCCCUUUCCCUGUAGAGCAAGACAAGUCUGCUCCUUAUGUCCAAAGAACUGCACAGGGGAGUGGGGCAAAACUCACUUCUCCUCCACCUAUCUUCACAACACUCUGCUGCUUUAACCAGUUUUUCUCCAGUAAAGCUUCAGUACCAGAACUGAGACAAGCAUGGAGGAAACUGCUUAAAGCAUCUGAGUGCAGCAAGGCAGGAAGAACAUGCACUUUUCCCUUGCACUUCUCCUCUAUGCACUUCUUUUGGUAUAAAAAGUAGCUCUCCCACUCACAUUUUAUAGGUCAAUAGGGCAAUCUCACAUGUUUAACACACACACACAGUUGCCCCUAAUGUCUAGUUCGGCCUGUUAUGUAAAGCAUGGGGUGCUUUGUGUUUUAUUCUGACUGAAAUGACGGUUUGUGGUGGUGUUUUUUGUGUGAACAUACCAAAAUUAAUUUUCACAAAAUUCUUCAAAUGGACCAUUCUAUCUUUUCACUUGAUACAACCAUUGCUUUUCAAAUGAGAUGGGGGCAUUCAAAUGUACUUAAAUAGGUGUUCAUAUAAAUUAUUCAAAGGAACAUAUUCAAGAUUUACAUACAUGCAAAAAAGACCCCCAUUCCUUUUCAUUAAUUUGGAAAUAUUGUGUGUGCUUUUGGUUACUUAAAACAUUGCUUAUAACUACCCAACAGUAAAUUUUAUCAGCUGUGAAAUCAAAGAAUUUUGUGAAAGAAAAGGCAUGGUGGAUUGCAUUUCUCCUUUUAAGGAUUGUCUUUGAACUUUGAGUCUUUUCUGUGUGCUGAGAAUUGUAAAAAAGAAAUAGUUGUAAAUUAGAAAAGGACAAAGGACAACUAUUGUAAAAAUGUGUACAUGUCACUAGUUUUUUGUUGUGUGUAGCAUAGUGUAAAAUAAGUUUUUUUCCCAACAGUGUUAUUCUGUGAAUUGUAAUUUAAGAGGAAGCCAUGCAUGGGAAAAUAUAUAUCCUGCAGCAUGCACGCGCACACACACAUACACUUGUUUUGUUUUCCUGAUUGUAGGUAAAGUCUUGUCAAAUGUUGAUUUAAUUGUCCAGGAUUUUCUUUUGUCCUCACAGUUUUACUUCAUAAGAACUUGAAUUGCAUUUUUCCUGAAUUUACUACAUCCAAGCACAUUGACAAUUUGUAGCCAUCUUCAUGCAGUUUUGGCAUGACACUGAGUAUAUAACACAGAGAAGUUUCCUUAUUAAAAUACUCAUUAUCUGUCUCUGCUUCCAAACUUCUCCUGCCUUUUAGAUUUAAAAGAAAAAAUCAGUGCCAUGCAAGGUUGAAAUUAUUUCCAUUAUUUCCACUGACCUGGACCCAAAAUUCACUUUCACCACAUAAUGUAAACACAUCUUGCAAUAAAGCUUCCUAAUGUA